UCCACAAAUCUUGGACACAAGAUGAUCCAGACGUAACGGGUCGGACCCAAUUUCGCACUCUCCAGUCCACUAGAAGGUUCCAAGAAAGUCGUCUGGGCUGUUUCAGAUCAUUCGGCCAUUUGAUUUUCUGGUUGAAGAUCGAACCAAUGGUCCGGUCCCACGGCCUCCGGCUCGCCCGCCGCUCCGUCUCAUGGUUUCUCCUUCAAAAUUCGAGCCCCUCCUUGUGGGAUUCGCUGCUUAAAGGGGGCUGCAGGAGUUUCGGCACCGCGUCGGGGAGUCGACUCUGGGGUCUUUUCGAUUCCAAUUUGGGAAACGUGAGAAGUGAGAAGAGCUGGUCGAGGCAGGGAUUGUUCAGUGAUAAUUCUUCUGCUGCUGCAGUACGGUCGAUACAUAGCACUGCCCAUCUGUCAAGGGAUUUCUAUGAUGUUCUUGGUGUCAGUAAAAACGCGACUGCAUCUGAAAUCAAGAGAGCCUAUUACGGGCUAGCAAAAAAGUUGCAUCCUGAUACAAAUAAAAGUGACCCAGAAGCCGAAAAGAAAUUUCAAGAAGUGCAGAAAGCUUACGAGGUCUUGAAAGAUGAAGAGAAGCGACAACAAUAUGAUCAGCUUGGUCAUGAAGCUUUUGAAAGGGCCGGUAAUGGUGAAGGUCCAGGAUUUGAUCCAUUUGGAGCUGGCUUUAAUCCUUUCCAGGACAUAUUUCGAAAUGCUGAUAUUUUCAACAUCUUCAAUAGGGAUAUGGGAGGUGAAGAUGUGAAGGUCUCAGUUGAACUAUCCUUCAUGGAAGCUGUUCAGGGCUGCACGAAAACGCUAUCAAUCCUGACCGAUCUAACCUGUGAAGCUUGUGGUGGAACUGGUGUUCCGCCUGGGACAAGGCCUGAAACAUGUAAGCGCUGUAGAGGCUCCGGCAUGAUUGUAUCCCAAAAUGGUCCGUUCACACUUCAAUCUACAUGUCCAAGCUGUGGUGGAGUUGGAAAAAUUGUUUCGAGCUUUUGCAAAUCCUGCAAGGGUAAACGAGUUGUUAAAGGGCACAAGACAGUGAAGUUGAAUGUCAUGGCAGGGGUGGACAACAACGAAACUAUCAAGAUUCCUCGAAGUGGCGGAUCAGAUCCUGAUGGAAAUCAUCCUGGUGAUCUUUAUGUUAUCAUCAAGGUCAGAGAAGAUCCGGUUUUCCGUAGAGAGGGAGCUGACAUCCAUGUAGAUGCAGUUUUGACCAUCACUCAGGCAAUAUUGGGAGGGACAAUUCAGGUUCCUACUCUGUCUGGGGAUGUUGUCGUCAAGGUCCGCUCGGGAACUCAACCUGGCCAAAAGGUCGUCUUGAGAAAAAAAGGAAUUAAAGUCAGGAACUCGUUUUCAUUCGGCGAUCAGUAUGUGCACUUCAACGUUAGCAUUCCAACGAACUUGACCCAGAGACAGCGCGAACUGAUCGAAGAGUUUGCAAAGGAGGAGCAGCGACGGGAAGAUGACAAAGGUGCUGCUGCAGGAGCUUCAGGUUAGGACCAGAUGAUCGAAUUGUCUCACAUAUAUAUAUAUAUAUAUAUAUUGUUGGAGCAAUUUUGGGAGGAGUGGAUAGGGAGGUUGGGAUGAAAUUGUGGUUUUAAUGUGUUGGUACAUAUGAUAUGGUAUGAUGUUUUGAAGGAAAUGAAUGCAUCUGUCGCCAUUGCCAUGAUCUUACUAUUGUAUUGUGUACUGCAACAACGUAAAGAGGGAUUGAUGAUGUCAGAACUUAGAAUGGAUAUUAGGUAGCUAAUAGCUAUUGGUAUUAGGGUUUAGGGAGGGAGAGGAUGAAGUAAUGCUCUUUGAUCUGAAUGAAGAAUGAAGGAUGUUGGAUAGAUGGUCGGUCCUUUAUUCACUCAGACAGCCUGUAUGUGAUCGUAAAUGCUUCCGGUAAUAAUAAUAUAUCCCAUUUUUAUUGGUCC